UAUGGUAUCAUACAUGUCAUUAUUAAAAAAGUCGCAAACCAUGUUUCGGGAUCUUCUAGUUUUUGUUAUAUUUGCAACAGCAACUUCAAAUCCUUUAAUGGAGAUUACGGAUCCAAAACUGAAAAACUUAACAGAAACAAUGCAUAAAGUAUGUGUAGAUAAAACCGGUGUUCCAGAAGCAUCUAUAGAGGAAGGUAAAAAAGGAAUUUUAGAUCGUGACCCAAAACUAAUGGAAUACUGGACCUGCGUAUGGAUUACAUCUGGCUUGAUGGAUCAAAAAGGAAAUAUCGAUUUCGAGCUAUUGCAUGAAAUGGCCCCAUCGAAUAUUGCCGAUUUAUCAACAAACCUGGUUAGAACUUGUCACGACAAAACUGUAGGUGAAAAAGUUCUUACCACGUUAGUUUUAAAGAUGACUAAAUGUAUUGCAACCACAGAUUUUGAACACUUUUUAAUAUUCUAGCUAAAGGAGAAUAUCAUUUAUUUAGUACGUAAAAUAUUUGUCCAAACAUUAUAUACUAAUUCUCUUUGUUUAAAUAAAUAAAAAACCAAAAAGGAAACCAAGGACUAAUUUUAAUAUUUCCGUAGUCAUAUCCAUAAUAUUGGAUUAAAUAAAAACUCAUAUCAAUAUGGGCUAAACUUCUGGAGUAUAUAGAAAAAUCUAAGAUCCUAUUUUCAGGGAAAUUUGUGUAGAGGAGAUUCUUGGAAUUAAAAUAAAAUUUCUAACUUUUAUUUGCUAAUGGUACUUAUAGAACAAAAUCUUAUGAUCAAUAAAUG